ACUGUGGUAUUAUGUUCUCAGUUUGAUAUGAUUAGAAAAGUAGGUUUAAUAUAGGUAGCAACUAUUUUUAAAAAACAUAUUGUUAUAUGUUAUAAUAGCUCUUCUGGAUAAGGAAGGUGGACAACAGGUAUUUGUACGUUGCUAAUUGAAAAUGUGGACAUUCAUUCUUCUCCUCGGUAGCUCCUUUGCUGAGACUUCCUUGGGCUGGACAUAUCAUUACUUAAAUGAGACACUGACCUGGACCGAGGCCCGAGAGUGGUGCCGGAAGAAUUACACAGACAUGGUGGUCAUCCAAAGCCAGGAGGAGAAUGACUUUGUGGUCUCAAUGCUGCCGAACAGAACAAAAAGUCCGUAUUAUUGGAUUGGAAUCACUAGAAACCACAUAAAUGGAACUUGGACCUGGAUUGGGAAUAACAGCACGUGGGUUGGUGAGAAAUCAUGGGCACCAAACGAGCCCAACAACAACGACAUCACUGAGUUUUGUGUCGAAAUCUAUGUGAACUCAGGGAGUAACCGAGGGAAGUGGAAUGACGAGAAAUGUGGCAGUAAAAAAUUCCCCGUGUGUUAUGAAGCCCAAUGUAAUGCUACAUCAUGUGACAGAGGAAGAUGUCAGGAGACUGUAGAAAACAUAACCUGCAUCUGUGAGCCUGGCUUCAAGGGAGACAGGUGCCAAACAGGUGAGGAGAAAAUGUUUUCUGUUGAGUGCGACAAAGACCAGAUCACCGUUCCAUCUAAAGGAAGUGUGGAGUGCACUCAUCAGUAUGGAAACUUCUCCUACAACUCCUCGUGCCAGUAUUCCUGCGAGGAAGGAUACCGGCUGACUGUGGAAUGUCCCUCUCUGUCUCAGUCUGAUAAUGGAAAGUAUAGCUGCUCAGGAGGAAACCGCACAUUCAACACAACCUGUCGAUUUAACUGCCACCCAGGCUUCCUGAUGAUAGGCUCGCCAGCAGUAACCUGUGAGGUCACCGGGGUCUGGAGUGGCCCAAGACCUGCGUGUGCAAGCUAUAAACAGGCCCUGUUGGCUGUAGCUGGGUGUGGAGCCCUCUCUACCUUCUGCUGCAUCUGCUGCUGCUGCUGGAUGAAACGCAGAAAAAGAAAGAAACUUGCCCAAGAAAGGGAGACUGAAGAGGUCACAGCCAGUGUGGAGCAGGAAUGAAGGGUGGCUGGAAUCUCAUUUGUGUCUUGAAAUCUAUUCUAUUCAACCUUUCUGCCAUUAUAGAUCUAUUAAAACAGGUCUAUAAUAACCAAAAUCGUAGUAUAUUCUUAGUAAAUAAACCUAAAGAGUCACCAGCUGAAGACUGUAUGCCAGAAUAACCAUUUAGCUAAGCUUUUUGUUAAAUAUACUGCAUGUUAAAGCUUAAAGGUACAACAUGUAAGGAUUUUAGUUGAAAACACACAAAAGAAAUCACUAAAAGAAUCCCCAGAAUGUGGUGAAAGAACAGUUUUCAUGUUAUGUCAAAGUAAUUUAAAGUUAGCAAGCUGUCUGUAUGGGGGCCCAAAGCUCGCUGCGAAAACAACACCAACACUCUCCCGUUGUUUUUAGGCUCACAUCUCAGAUUUAGCUGCAUUGCUAAAUGAGCUAAGUAACAAUCAGCAGCAACAGUUAAAUGCAGUUAGCGGUUACUCUUGUGAUAUGCCAUCUUGUGUUUUGAGUAUGAAUUUGACAAAUGGCCAUAUUGUACAUAUUGACAUAUUGUACCUUUAACUUUGGUAUAAUGCAUGAAUAUUAAAUGUGCGUAUAAGUGUAAUGGUUCAUUAUCAGGUUUCACAAGAUGUAGACUCGGAACAUAUACUCGACGUUUACUUGAUACCUGAUUACAUUAGGUAGUGUUGCUUUUCUGUGCUAUAUUUGUUAAUGAUAUAUUGAAUAAA